AUGAUUACUGGAGAUCUCCCGGGACUAACAUACAUGGUCAGGCCUCAAAUCACGCCAUUGCAUGUCUUCAAGAGUGGAGGCACGGCCAUCGGAUCCCGAAAUGUCGCUCCUCUCGCUCGGUGUCCUAGCUGGCCAUCCAACGUGACCAAGCGUCUACUGUCGGAUUCUGGCCACCCGGAAGGCACUGCUCAAGAUGCCAAUGCUUCGAAAGAUCCAUUUGAUGAUGAAAAUACGAAACUGGCCUAUAAAUCGGCUUUGAGAAGUGGUGAUGUAGUCGUCAAAACAACUGGUAAGAAUGAAUCGGCACCCUUCUGGCAGUUUGGAUCUCUAUAUCUCAGGGAGAAUUGCCCAUGCCCUAAGUGCAUCCAUCCGGACACAAAGCAACGGAUUGUCGACACAUUCUCGCUCUCGCUCCGCGUCAAACCCGAAAAUGUCCAAAGUAAUGGCGCUGAUGAUGUCCACAUCACAUGGAGCGAUGGACAUGAGAGCACUUAUUCCUGGAAGUGGCUUGCGGCGCACAGGGGGAAUCUAAAGCCAACUAUCAAAUCGCGGGAUGUAAAGCCAAAUAGACUCCCUAGACCUUUCAAGGCGUAUGAUCCUCAAAAGAGUAAUCCGUAUCCUGAGGUGGUGUAUGAGGAUGUGAUGUGUAAGGACACCGCAGUGUUGGAGUGGUUGGAGAACAUCUGGCUAUGGGGCUUUUGCUUCGUGAAAGGUGUCCCCGUCAAUCCUGAAUCUACCAAAGCGCUGAUCGAGAGAAUCUCAUUCGUUCGACACACUCACUACGGUGGCUUCUGGGACUUCACUGCGGACCUUACCUACAAGGACACAGCAUACACGAACGAGUAUCUGGGUGCCCACACAGAUAAUACCUACUUUACCGAUCCCGCGAGGCUACAACUCUUCCAUCUGCUCUCUCACACGGAGGGCGAAGGUGGAAAGAGCCUACUCGUGGACGGCUUUGCGGCCGCCAAAGCAUUGGCCAAGGAGAACCCGGGCUUUUACAAUACUUUAUCUCUCUCUAGGCACCCAUGGCAUGCAAGUGGCAAUGAAGAUGUCUGCAUUCAGCCAUCUGUCACGGCACCUGUCCUCAACAUUCAUCCAGACACGAAGGCCGUUUACCAAGUCCGCUGGAAUAACUAUGACCGCGCGCCGAAGACAAAAUGGCACACAUCAGAGCAGAAGGAUUGGUAUAAGGCAGCCCGAGCCUACAACAAUCAGUUGACCAAGUCUUCAAAUGAGAUCUGGACCCAACUACAACCAGGCACAGCACUAAUCUUCGAUAACUGGAGAAUGUUGCAUGGUCGCUCUGAAUUCACUGGAAAGCGCCGCAUGUGCGGUGGCUAUGUCAAUAAUGAUGACUUCAUCUCACGCUUGCGGCUUCUGAAGUUUGGUCGUCAGAGCGUCUUGGACAAUCUUGGAAACACGAGGGGCUGGCAGCAACGUGACAACCCAUACUCAAUCUAUUAG